CGACUGUUUCCGGUUAAGUGUGGUGAAACGCGCAAUUUGGACGUAGUACGAAGUUGUAAGAGAAACGGUACAUUGCAGUCUUUUUUGCUGUCAUACAUUGUUAGCACACAAACGCCGAAAAUAACUCAAAAUCUGGAGCCUAACAUUAAAACACACAAUCAUAAGCUCUCUCUGGCAUAAAUUUAAGUCAUUUUAUAUGUGGCGCGCUUAAGAUGGUUUAUCAUUUCUUCCAAAAACCACGAACGCUUCAAACUGCUUCGCAAGGUGACUAGAACAGAGCGGUGCAUUGCCGGACCUGGCGCGACCAAUCGACAUGAUUUCUUCCGUGGCCAACGACAUUUCCGGUGGGCCCUGAUUUCCAUCUAACACCCAUCUCUGUAUCUCUCCCAGAUCUCUCCUCUAUGCAAACACCACAUACUUUGGCAUAGUAUUUCGCACGUGGAAGUGUACAAAUAAGACAGCGCAAUUUAAACCUUCAUUUCUUUCUUCAAUUUUAACAACAUUCUGCGAGGAUGAAUCGUUCUGUUUAUCAUAAAUUGAAAUCAAUGGCAAUCGUUUCUGGAGGUGCCACAGCUAUUUUCUCAGCUUUAAGUAUUUACAAUGAAAAUGAAAAGUUUUAUGACAAUGUUCUCAUGCCUGUAAUCCAUUUUUUACCUCCUGAAACUUCUCAUAAUAUGGGUAUAAUGGUUGGUAAAUAUGGAUUAUUUGGCCAGAGUAGAUUUAAAGAUCCUGAAACUUUGAAAACAAAAGUAUGGCAUUUAAAUUUUUCCAAUCCUAUCGGAAUGGCUGCAGGAUUUGAUAAGCAAGGUGAAGUGGUUAGUGCUCUUCAUAAAAUUGGUUUUGGUUUUGUUGAAGUUGGUUCAGUUACACCGCUACCACAACCAGGUAAUGAUAAGCCCAGGGUGUUUCGGUUGGAAGAAGAUGAAGCAAUUAUUAACAGAUAUGGUUUUAAUAGUGAUGGACACAGUAUUGUAUAUGAACGUUUGAAAUGUUUGAAAUCAAACAAAGAAUUUACUGGAAUUGUUGGCAUUAACUUAGGUAAAAAUCGGCUAUCAGAUGAUCCUGUUAAUGAUUAUGUGCAAGGAAUCAAAAUGUUUGGUGAAAUAGCUGAUUAUUUAGUUAUUAACGUGUCAAGUCCUAACACCCCAGGUCUAAGAACAUGGCAGAGAAAACAGCAACUGCAGGAAUUGCUCAUGCAUUUAGUGGCUGCUCGUAAUGAGCUGCCUGGGCCUAAUAAACCUCCAUUGUUACUGAAAUUAGCGCCUGAUUUAUCUGAUGAAGAGAGGAAAGACAUUGCAUCAGUUUUGGAAGAUAUGAGUGGAAAACCACUUUCGUCAUCAUCUACAAAUCUUAUUUCAGACAUGUAUCGACUUACAAAAGGACGAAUUCCUAUUGUUGGCGUGGGUGGGAUCUUUUCUGGAGAAGAUGCAUACAAGAAGAUAAAGGCAGGAGCAAGUCUUCUACAGCUGUAUACAUCCUUCAUUUAUUAUGGUCCGCCAAGGGUUUCUCGAAUUAAAAGAGAAUUAGAAGAAUUGUUAACGGCUGAUGGACUAAAAAGCAUAGAAGAGGCUGUUGGGAAGGAUCAUCUCCAAAGAAAAUGAUAUUAGUUGUAAAAUGCCGCCAAAAUUUAGGGUAUUGAAGUAAUUGCUUGAGCAAUACGAUAUCAUUCUGUUGCUGAAUUUAAUUGACUGAUAAACAAAAAAAUAACCAUUAAAAAAAUAUUGUGACGGCAAUCGAAGUCAAUGAAUAUUCCCCGCAUCACGUACUACAGCCGCAGACAUUUUUGGGCAUGGUUGAACAUUGUGUGGAACAGAGUUGAUAAUGAUAGAAUUCAGGAAGUGGGCCCUGAUUUGGCUUGUGCUGAAUGGCUGAUGCGAAAUGGUGCUUUGGUCAAAUGGGCUGGGAAGGCAGAUUAUCUUAAAGAUUAUGAUUCCCUGAAAGAAGGUGAAGGAAAGGGAGGAUAUUAUAUAGAAGAAAUAGAUGCCACAGAAGCCAGUAUUAUGCAUGUGGGAUUCCCUCAUUUUCAUGGCUGUAAACACAUCAAAAAAAUUAAAUUGCAACGAUGCUCUAAUGUAGAGGACAAAGCGUUAAAGAGCUUGGAAAUUCUCAAGAAUUCUUUGCAGCAUUUGCAAGUAAUCAGCUGUGGCAAUGUGACUGAUAAAGGAGUCAAAUCUCUGACGACUCUUGUAAAUCUAGAAACUUUGCUUCUGUAUGACUUACCAGAAGUAAAAUGUUGCAAAGAUUGUGCCCUUAUCCUGCAGGAAAGUCUCCCGAAAUGUCAAGUAGACUAUAGAGUAACUGAACAUCCACAUAAAAGGUAUCACUCAACUGCAGAUUGUCCUCAGGACACUCCAGAGAAGAAGACUGAUAUUCGUGAAUAACAGAAUAACUGCAAAACUUAGCCUUUCCUUAGAUUUAUGAUAUUUAUUUAAAACUUGUAGUAAUGAGUUGUAAGGGUGAAAAACAUGUAUAUUAACUAGGCUAUAUGAAACUAGUUGUGAAAUGUCAAUAAGAACAUUACAUCAGUAAUAAUGCCAUUUAUUUCAUGUGAUACAUUUUCUUCUGAUAUUGUAUUUCAAUUUUUUAUCUUCAUACAUGAGGCUGUAUUAAACUUCUGAUGUUGUCAUGCCACUGUAGAAGUUCAGAAAUCUGAAGAGUGACACUGCUUCUACUUGUUCCUCCUUUUACUUGAUACUGUUCCACACUGCUUUCAUAAUUCCAUAUUUCAUUGAUAUCGUCUUCAAAGAAAUUGCUGUAAUACACAAUGCUAUUGUAAUAAUAUUUCAACUGAUAUUUUAAAGCAAAAAUUACAUUUAUGUAAAUUUAUAUUUUAAAGAUUUUAUUCUUGAUAAAAAUUUUAUUCCUUUUUUAUUAUAAUAAGAACACAAUAUUUUUAAUUUUAGGUUUUAAUUUAUUUUUAUGCCUCCAAGAAUACCAUAGGUAUACCAAAUAGAAAUUUACAACUAAAUGUUCGGGAAGGCCGUCUCCAAAAUACUUGGAGUGUUUGUAAAUAUGUGUGUUUUAAUUGUGUAACACUUUUUCUACAUGCAAUUGAACAUUUCCCAACAUCUUUUCCCUCUACUAUCAUUGAAAAAUAACUGAAAUUUCGGGCUUUGAACAUCUGUUUAUAUAGAUCAUUUUGUGGAAUCUGAUAAUGUAUAUAUCAUUUGUGGAGACCUACGAAGCCAGACCAACUAGAGAGAUUUUUCCUGGCAUUAAAUUGAAAUAAUUUAAUCUAACCCUGGUACCUAACAAGUAAUGUGAAUGUCACUGGAUAUUGUAGGUUGAUCAUUUUUGUGUUCUGCUUUCAGAGAUUGUAUUGUAAAAUUAACAUGCUUCCCAUGGCUUCACCGGAUGGAUCAUGUAAAAUUUGAAACGUGUACAAAAAGAACUAUUGAAAAACUUAUAUAAACUAUGAACAGUGUAACGUUCAGAGUUAUUUUCUGGAAGCAGGGUCUUGAAAAACUUGAGGAUGUAGUGGCAUUCUUACGGGAGUAAUUUGAAAAUAAAAUGAAACUGGAAUAUUUUCUUCAAUAUACUUGAAUUGAUUUUACGCAGGUACUAUAAAGUUGAUAUUUUUUAAACAGUGUUUUAAUAGGUAGUGAAUUUUACUUUGAAGUGGUUAAUUGUGAACAAAAUUUCCAUCAUUUUAAUGUUCUUUGGUGAUUUCUUAUAAACUGGAUAUUUUAUUCUCUAUUUACGAUUGUUUAUGCUUAUGAAGGCCUUAUUAAUUUAGGACAUAAAUUACUUGGCAAUCGCCCAAAUGACAAGGCCCAUUACAAAGUAUACUUAACCCCACCAUGAGCAUUAGUGAUACAAGUGUGGAUGAUUUUAUCUGAAUUAUAUGCAACUUUUUACAUUUUGAUUGAGAAACGUUCAUAUUUUACUUCAACCUGGGAAUCCCAUAAAGAAUGUAGCUUGAAACACAAAUGAUAAUGCACUUAACAAACAUUUAGUGACUGAGCUUCUGGUAAGAGGAAUACUAAUUCCCUUUGACUCCACAUGUGGCUAACGUAUUUGAGUGCAAUGUAAUGAAUAUCUUAAGGGAUCCGAAGAACUUUUGAACUAUGAAUAAUAUUGAUCAUAUGUAAAUCAUAAGUAAUAUUAAAAUAAACAAUAACCUGUCGAAACAUUUUAACCUUUUAGGAAAAUGAAUAAGUUUUAAAGAUUAAUGAGUGCCCAUCCAGCAGGAGCCCAACGCACAAUCGUGGUCUAUUUAUACUUUAAUCAAUCCAUCCAUCCUUCGAUGACCAAUGUGUUCUUCCCUUUCUAAAUCUUCCAGUGGAUUGCAGGUGUUGGACAUUGAUAUAAAAUCAUACAAAUUUGCCAAAUAGAAAAGAAAGAUAGAUCCCUUUUGAACAAUUUGUGUAGUUUCUUCACAUUUUUAACACUAAAAUUGUGGUGGAGUUGAAGGAUACUCUUUCGGGCUUGUUUUAUACAUCAACUAUUGCUGAAAUCAGUAUGUGAACAAUUUUUCUUUAAAUUCUCAAAAUUAUUUAUCACUAUUGUAAACAAUGGUUAAACAUAUUUUUGUAAACAAAUAUAGCUUUAUUUUGUCUAAUAUACUAUACUGUACUGUACUAUGCUAUAUACUGUUGAU